AUAUUGAAUUAAAUAUUUCUUUCUCAAAAGUUGGCACCACAUAUUAUUAUAUUACGUUGAAUUAAUAAUUAUCUUUCUCUAAAUUGUUCACCAACAUUACCAUACCCUUCCUUAGUCCUUUAAAAACCCCUUCAUGACCCUCUCUCUCCUCAUAACAUCUUUGAGCCAACUAUAAUAUCUAUAGCUAGCUCAACCAAUCCUAUCUUCCCUUCACAAAACAUCUUAGCAAAAAAAACUCAUUUUUUCUCUUCCUUUCUAAAAAUUUACACAAUUAUAUCAUGGGAGCCUUUCCUCUUUUUCAACCAAUUUCUAAAUGUAGCACAAAAGAUAGAUCAAACCAAACCGUGGCAUCGGACUUAGAUGGUACGCUUCUUGUGUCGCGAAGUGCUUUUCCAUAUUACAUGCUCAUCGCACUCGAAGCCGGAAGCAUUCUAAGAGCACUAGUUCUCUUAUCCUUAGUCCCUUUCGUAUAUUUCACGUACUUAUUCGUCUCUGAGACCUUGGCUAUCAAAACAUUGAUCUUUGUCACGUUCGCAGGACUAAGAAUUCGAGACAUUGAAAUUGUUUCUCGAUCAGUGUUGCCUAGGUUUUAUGCUGAGGACGUGCAUCCGGAGACAUGGAGAGUGUUCAAUUCAUUCGGGAAACGAUAUAUUAUCACGGCGAGUCCGAGGUUGAUGGUUGAGCCUUUUGUUAAGACAUUUUUGGGAGUUGAUAAGGUUCUUGGAACUGAAUUGAUGGUUACAAAAACAGGGAGGGCAAGUGGGUUUGUUAAGGAACCUGGUGUUCUUGUUGGUGAACACAAGAAAGAGGCAGUUAUGAAAGAAUUUGGAAGUAACAAUUUACCUGAUUUAGGACUGGGAGACAGUGUAACUGAUUCUGACUUCAUGUCCAUUUGCAAGGAAGGAUACAUGGUGCCAAGGACCAAAUGUGACCCAUUACCAAGAAACAAACUUCUAAGCCCAAUUAUUUUUCAUGAGGGUAGAUUAGUCCAAAAACCAACUCCUCUAGUUGCACUCUUAACCUUCUUAUGGAUGCCAAUUGGUAUCAUCCUUUCAAUUUUAAGGGUAUAUCUCAACAUACCUUUACCUGAAAAACUUGCUUGGUACAAUUAUAAAUUACUUGGAAUAAGAGUGAUUAGAAAAGGUACUCCUCCACCACCACCAAAAAAAGGUCAAAGUGGUGUAUUAUUUGUGUGCAACCAUAGAACAGUUUUAGAUCCAGUUGUUACAGGAGUUGCAUUAGGAAGACAAAUAAGUUGUGUAACUUAUAGCAUAAGUAAAUUCACCGAAAUGAUUUCGCCUAUAAAAGCGGUUGCGCUUUCUAGGGAAAGAGAUAGAGAUGCGGCGAAUAUAAAGAAAUUGCUUGAAGAAGGGGAUUUAGUGAUUUGUCCUGAAGGAACAACUUGUAGAGAACCGUUUCUAUUGAGGUUUAGUGCUCUUUUUGCCGAAUUAACGGAUAGGAUUGUCCCGGUCGCGAUCAAUACUAAGCAGAGUUUGUUUUAUGGUACAUCGGCUCGCGGCCACAAAUUGUUGGAUCCUUAUUUUGUGUUCAUGAACCCUAUGCCAACUUAUGAAAUCACUUUCUUGAAUCAAUUGCCUUUGGAAUUGACUUGCAAAGGAGGGAAAUCUUCAAUUGAAGUUGCAAAUUAUAUUCAAAGGGUUCUUGGAGGGACUCUUGGAUUUGAAUGCACCAAUUUAACAAGGAAGGAUAAGUAUGCUAUUCUUGCUGGAACAGAUGGAAUCGUUGGAUCUAAGAAGAAAGAUUAAAAUUGAGGAGAAUUGAGUAAAUCUAUUUCAAUUUUCUAUUCAAUACUGGAAAAAGUUGAAUUAUUUUUGAAAAUUACAUAUAAAAAAAUAUAAAAUUUAUCUUUAAUUAAGUCGUUGAUCCGUGUUAAAGACGACAUGAUUAGAGACUAAUUUUAUCUUUGUCUGUAAUUUCCGUUGAUAAUUCAUUUUUUUAAUAGUGUUUGAUUGCAUUUUUAAAAGUUUUUAUAGUUAUCAGAAUAAUAAAAAAAAUACCAUUGCGUUUAUGCUCAUAAAAAUAACAAUUUAUGUACAUUAUUAUUCUGAUAAAUACAAAUAGUUUAUUUAUUUUGUCAGAAAAAUGUUGCUGGUCAGUUAUAAAACCUAAAGUUCAUCUUUGUGAUGUAAAGGUUCUAUAUAUACAUAUAUAAUUUUCCAAUACAGUGUAUUACAGUUAAAAAUGUUAGUAUUUUGACACAAUAAUUGACACCUUACACUGUAUAUUGAUAUAAUUUUAGUUUCUUUAUUAUUAUUUUCUCA